GUCCGAGAGCGCCGCGUCUACACCGGGCGGCCUACUUACCCAGGAGGGGCUAAGACCAGAACUCCAAAAGGUCCUUAGACUCCAGGGACCCCCUGCCCCCAGGGCGCUGCCACCCUGCCUGCCAUGGACACCCCGUCGCAGCGGCGUGCCACCCGGAGCGGGGCACCAGCGGGCUCCACCCCGCUGUCCCCGACUCGGAUCACGCGGCUGCAGGAGAAGGAGGACUUGCAGGAGCUGAACGACCGGCUGGCAGUCUACAUCGAUCGAGUCCGCUCGCUGGAGACGGAGAACGCGGGCCUGCGCCUCCGUAUCACCGAGUCGGAGGAGGUGGUGAGCCGGGAGGUGUCCGGCAUCAAGGCCGCCUACGAGGCCGAGCUCGGGGAUGCCCGCAAGACCCUUGACUCCGUGGCCAAGGAGCGCGCCCGCCUGCAGCUGGAGCUGAGCAAAGUGCGGGAGGAGUUCAAGGAGCUCAAAGCCCGGUGAGUGGGCCCUGGUCGGUCUCUAGGACCUCCGUAUGGCCCAGGGAAGGGGUAGUUGUUGGGAGGGUGGGGUGACAGCCGUGGUGUCCGCAGUUCCCGAGAGUAGGGAAGCGGCAGGUGGCAUAGGCUGGGGGAGAGAGAGAAAAUCCAG